GGAUGUCUGGCUGCAGGGACCUCCGGGCUCUUAGGAUAAGACACUUUACUGCCCAGGGAGUGGUCAAGGGGGUACAGAAGGGCUGGGGGUACACCUCGGGAGGACUGUGGCAGAGGGGGCCAGCUGCCGGGGCCAAGGGUCUCUGUGGGGCUCUCAGGGUGACAAGCCCGGCUGUGUCCUCCCCCCAGAGCUGCCCCGUCCAGACUAUGGACCCUGAAGUGUCCCUGCUGCUGCAGUGCCCCCCAGGCGGGCUGCCGGAGAAGCAGGUGCAGGCUGAGCUGAGCCCAGACUAUGACCGUCGCCCACUACCAGGAGGGGACAAGGCCAUCGCUGCCAUCUGGGAGAGCCGGCUGCAGGCUCAGCCCUGGCUCUUUGACGCCCCCAAGUUCCGCCUGCACUCAGCCAUCCUGGCACCCACUGGCUCACAGGGACCACAGCUGCUCCUGCGCCUGGGCCUUACUUCCUACCGAGACUUCCUGGGCACCAACUGGGCCAGCUCAGCUGCCUGGCUGCGACAGCAGGGGGCCACUGACUGGGGCGACAAGCAGGCCUACCUGGCAGACCCGCUGGGGGUUGGCGCCACACUGGCCACUGCAGAUAACUUCCUGGUCUUCCUGCGUCGCUCUCGGCAGGUGGCCGAGGCACCUGGACUGGUGGACGUGCCCGGUGGGCACGCUGAGCCUCAGGCCCUGUGCCCUGGUGACAGCCCCCUGCACAAAGACCUCCCGGGGGAGCUGGUGGUGCACGAACUCUUCUCCAGUGUUCUCCAGGAGAUCUGUGACGAGGUGAAUGUGCCGCUGCACACCCUGAGCCAGCCACGGCUAUUGGGCAUUGCCCGCAAUGAGACCAGUGCCGGCCGUGCCAGUGCCGAGUUCUACGUCCAGUGCAGCCUGACUUCUGAGCAGGUGAGGAAACACUACGUAAGUGGGGGAGCUGAGGCCCACGAAUCUACAGGAAUCAUCUUUGUGGAAACACAGAGCGUGCGGAGGUUGCAGGAGACCGAAAUGUGGGCUGAGCUCUGCCCCUCGGCCAAAGGCGCUAUUUUCCUCUACAACCAGGUCCAGGAAGUCCCACCUGAGUCGCCCUAGUCCCCAGCCCUAUCACAACUUGAAAGACAAUAAAGGACUUUAUUCUUGGA